AUGAACAAACAUUGCCCUGAAAUCUUUGUCUCAAUUGAAAGCUCUGGUGAUAUUCUGGAAGCGGAUGAACAGUAUCCGAUAUUGUUUCAAGAGGAAUAUGACGAUCCACCAGAUCACGUUGGAGAGGUAUACCAUGGUCCACCUAAACCUUCUCCAACGCUUAAAACGUAUACCGUUACACGUUGGCAUGCCUUGCUCAAUAUGUUACGAAGCCUUGGAUUGAACAGAUGUGGAAUAAACACCAUACUUGGACGGAUCGAUAAACCAGAAUUAAUACUAACGUCAUGUGAAUGGAAAUUAGUUGAGGAUUUGAUCAUUUUUUUGCAACCGUUUGAGACGAUCGUUACUUCACUAUCUUCUGAGAAACAUGCAACAAUCAACGUCGCACUUUUGUUGCGAUCGGAAAUUGAAGCCUGUAUCCGAGCAAGCGACGACGAUUCUUUGGCGAUUGUCCAAAUGAAAGAGAGCAUGAAUGAGCAGUUUGAACGACGUUUCCCGAUUUCAGACAUAAUGUUAGCAUCAGCCCUUCUCGAUCCUCGUUUUGUUAAUCUGAAAAGCAUAACCGAAAUUCUGAUGAAGAAAUCGUUAAGUAAAUCAGAUUUUCUUGCGCGCAUGGUGCUGAAAGAGCUGAAAGAUAACGGCGUCGAAUUGUCUAACGCCAUCGUUACGCCGGAAGCAAUUCAACCAUCGUCAACAACUUCGAUCUGUGCAUUGGCGAUUAAGCAUUCACAUGAGCACGAAUUCACGGACUCGGUAAUAGAGCAAGAAUGUCAGACCUACAUUUCCUCGGUGAAUGUUUCACAGGUUAAAAACGACGUCGUUAAAUUUUGGAGCGACAGGCAGAAACAAUUUCCGUGGCUUUCUACACUGGCUUCGAAGUAUCUAUGCGUGCCAGCGACGAGUACUCCAAGUGAAAGAGUGUUUAAUGUGGCUGGAUUAACAGUUUCGGCAAGAAGAUCGUCAAUACAUCCGGCGAAUGUUAAUAAAACUAUUUUCGUGCACGACAAUUAUGAAAUGUGCCGAGCGUCUCUUGGCAACUAAAUUUGAAUCUAUGAAAAUUGCUGUAUUUUUGAAGAUAUCAUAACAAUGA